GCUCAAGCCUCUGCGGCUCUAGGUUAGCACUCGGUCAGAGACCCGCGUCUUUUUUUGCGGGUCCAGCCAUUUUCGGACAGACGCGACAAAGCUCUCCAGUCUGUACCUCAUUUGCCUGCUACGAACCUGGACAGAGCAUCAUAACAACUACCACUUACCGAUUGUCCGCCUACUGACGCAUUUGGGUCGACCGCCUCCGCAUUGCGCAUUGCUGUCUGAAUUUUCGACACUCUUUGGACGGUUCCAAGGAGUUUCAUGUGCAAGAGCCAGCGCCAUGAUCGCCUAACUCGGUACCCCUGAUCCACCUAGCAAACAACUAGCACCGUCGACACGGGUUUCGAGCGUGCUUCGGCGAGGAAGAAUACGAGUGCUACUGAAGAAACCGCCGAUCGAAACUCCCUUGGCUCAACAACAUGAACUCACCCGCAAACCGCCACUCGACGCAGACCGCUGGGUCGGGCGAAGCAGAUGGGCAGAAUGGGGAGCAGAAGAAGAACCUCUGGAUCUCGAUGCUAGAGUCCGUCGCCAGUGGGAAGCGACUACCGGAGAAGAAUCUCGUGGUUCUGGGCGGCACGCCAGACUCGCAACGGGACUUUCUAGAUUCCUUGUCCAGCUCGGAAUCGAGACGCAAUUUUGACCGGCACAAGAUACCGCCGGUAGCGAACAACUUCGCGCUAGGUUACACAUACUACGAUGUGCUAGACGCUGAUCAAGAUGACACGCUGGCUCGAGUCUCACUAUACCUACUGUCUCAACCAUCCGCCGAAUUCGCCUCUCUCAUCGCACCCCUCCUGACGCCCCGAGCCAUACCGAACACUGCGCUCGUGAUAUUGCUUGACUGGUCCCAGCCACACCUGUGGCUCCGCCAAAUACGUCAGUGGAUCAUCCUGUUCCUGUCCGUCACCAAGCAGCUUGGAGAUGACGAGCGUUACGAGAUGAACGACGUGAUGGAGGCGUGGAAAACGCGUGGACGAGGUGGUGCGUCGGUCAACCUGGACGGAACCCCUUCGGCGCAGGCAGUAUCAGGGGAAGACGACAGCUCCUUGCCACAAGGGCCUGGAGAAUGGACCGAGCCACUUGGUCUACCCUUGUGUGUGGUUUGUCAGAAUGCGCAACGGAUGGAGGUCCUGGAGAAGCACAAUGGCUGGAAAGAGCAAGCAUUCGACCACGUGCUGCAGUAUCUCCGGACGGUGCUCUUAAGGCACGGCGCCUCGCUCAUAUACACGUCGCAAAAUGCCCCCUCACAGCUCACGCCACUCAUUCAUUCGACGCUGGGGAUCACAUCUCUUUUGAAGAAGCAGCCACUGAAGCAGAACGUCAUUGAUCGCGAUAAGAUUGUGGUCCUGCCCAACUGGGACUCGUGGGGCAAGAUUCGUGUUCUGGGCGGGCAAUUCGAGGCCGAGACGAUAUCACAAGGCUGGGCCGAGGACAUUGACGAGCGAUUCAGCGGCGAAUUCCCCAGCUUGGAGGUAUUGGCGCAGAAUCGUACCGCGCAGAAGGAGACGGCCGAUCCACUUCAGACCGAGAGUGCAAUCGCGCAGUACGAGGAGUGGUGCCAGGAAUCCGCUAGUGAUGGCCUAGCCAUUGUCGAGUCGAUACUGCAGAAGAAGCAAGCUGGUGUCACGGUGUACAGUGAAGACGCGCAAGAAUUCUUGGAGAAGCAAGUCAAGCGCCUGGAGAUGGCCAGGAACAAGGCGGCGCCGACGGAGAAGACCAUGCCGGAGCCGCCACCAGGCUGGUCGGAGAGAGAGCAUGUCAGUGAGCACAUUGGCCCCGUGCAGUUCAAUGUUGGCGGGAUCCAGGUGGACGCGGAUGAUAUGUUGCAGCGCAUCAAGGACCGCAAUACAUUCUCCUCUCCCGAGCCAGCGCCGGAAGAGGCAGAGCAGCCCGAGGCGUCUAACGUCACCAAGCAAUACGAUAACGAGCAGCUACACAAUUUUUUUCAGAAUCUCAUCAACAAGCCCGCUGGAGGAGGGUCUUAGACGUGCGAGGGCAUUCCUCACGUGCUCAUUUGUUUAGACGCCAUAAUACUGUACUCAUACCGCACGGCGAGUGGUGGUAGAUUAGAUACCCUUUUUGACAGCAGAAAGCAUGUACGUGUGAGCGAGGGA